AUGGCACCCAGAACCAUGCAAGCAAGCUCCCUCGGCGCGCAGUCGACCCUGUGCCGGCGCUGUCUUAAGCUCAAGAUCACUACAUCAUCCCAGCAAAAGAGGCAUAUUGGAUUGAAAGUGUUACAGAAAGAAAAACUGGCGGCAGAAGCAUGGGAGGUAAGGGCCAAUAGGAUCACUGAGGGACUAGAGAAGAACCUGUGGGAUGUCUUCAAAGAACGCGGUUUCGUCAAGGAUAUCGCGGGCACAGAAACCCAGGUCUGGGAGAUCAUGCGAAAAAAACGAAUCGGUGCGUAUGUCGGAGUCGACCCCACCGCCCCGUCUCUCCAUGUUGGCCACCUUGUGCCCCUCAUGGCUCUCUUCUGGAUGUAUCUCCACGGCUACAGGGCCAUGAGUGUAAUAGGAGGCGCUACUGCCCGGGUUGGCGAUCCUGAAGGUCGCAUGAAGGAUCGAGAACGCAUAGCCAACAGUGACGCCGUUUUAAAUAUCACGAAGACCCAUUACCAAUUGAAGCGAAUUUGGAUGAACGUGGAAGUGCAAGGCAGGCGCUUUGGCUACGAGAAGAAUUGGGCCUGGAGAAGGGGGAUAAUGAACAACACACAGUGGUACAACAGCUUGUCCUUUACUGUUCCCGUACAUCGGCUGUUCAGUUCAGUACGGGUGAGUACGCUGCUGUCGCGUGACACGGCCAAGACAAGGAUGGCUAGUGGUGCUGGCAUGCCUCUAGAUGAAUUCAUCUACCCAUUGAUGCAAGCCUGGGACUGGUGGCAUUUGUACUCGAGCCCUUUGGGUAUUCAAAUGCAGAUUGGAGGCUCUGAUCAGUUUGGCAACAUUGUUUCUGGCGUUGAUGCUGUCAAGCACCUUCGUGACACCGAAUUGCACCCGUCAAAACGAAUUCCCGAUACCCUCCUGAACACGCCUAUUGGAUUCACUACGCCCCUAUUAACCGACUCAUCGGGCGCUAAAUUUGGCAAGAGCGCUGGCAAUGCUGUUUGGCUCGACCCCUUCAUGACCAGCUCCUUCGAUCUGUAUAAGUACUUCAUGCGCCGCCCAGAUACCGAUGUCGAGAACCUGUUGCGUCUGUUGACCUUCCAUCCCAUGGAAAAGAUCAGCGAGAUCAUGGCGGAACACAGCCGGGAUCCUAGCAAACGAGUGGCUCAGCACAUCUUAGCAUACGAAGUCGUCGCCUUGGUCCAUAGCGACCAGCUCGCGAAGGACACCCAGAUGCAGCAUCGUACGCUUUACGCGACAAAGACCGGCAAUACCAACAAUGGAACAGAUGAGUUGUAUGCUGUGGCUCCAUCCUCAGGGCAACCUGAAAGGGCCUCCUGGCCCGAUGAUAUCCAUAAAGUCACACCAACUGUUCAGAAAGCAGCCGAGUUCAAGGUCGAUAUCGAAUUGCCCGAAUCUCUCAUCUUGGGCAAAUCAAUCCAGCGCAUUCUGCACGCAUCUGGACUGGCUAGCAGUGCCUCUGAUGCCCACAGGCUCACCCUUGCGCAAGGCGCCUACAUUGGUGGCUCACCCGGUCAGCCAUCGCAAACCAACAAAGGCAUGCCACUUGGUGAAUUGACCUUCACCCCUGUCAAGGCUUGGUUUCCCUCGGAUACCAAGAACUUUCUCAUCGCAGGCAAGCUUCUGAUUCUACGCCGGGGGAAGCACUUUAUACGCGUCGUCAAAAUGAUCAGCGACGAAGAGUGGAAAGCUAGUGGCAAAAUAUAUCCCGGUGAGCCUGGUACGGGCAAGGUUCGACGUUUGAAGGCAGCCUUGCAGGCGAUUGACCCUACCCUCAACGAGAAAGACAUGCGCAACCUCCGCACUGAUGUGGCAAAGCUCGAGGAAUCGGCCCUAGAAACUCCAUUGCUGAACAAGGAUGAGGGGGUUCGUCCCGUAUCCUGGAAAAGGCGCGGGGAUUAUGUUCGUCCUGAACCCUUGAAGCGCAGGGACGCACGUAUUGUGGCACUUCGCGAGCAGCUCAAGCAAAAAGUGGAGGCUAUUAAGAAGAUGGAGCAGUCUGAGGAGGGUGGUGACUCCUAG